AGGGAAACCAACAAUCUAAAACUGAUAUAUAAAGCGUAUUUGCUUUUGCUUUGACACCAAUCCGACUACAACCUCCACUUCGCAAAGAAACAUUUAUAUAUCCUGGAAGAACAAAGUAGAACUCUUCUGCUUUUUCCGCCUCAAAGUCAUUCAGUCGAAGUACUAACUACAACAAGUACCUGUACCUCUUUAUUUGUCGCUUGAUUUCCAUUUUCUUAUCCUUUUCUAACCCCAAGAAGCCCAACACUUCUCUUGAAAAUGUCCGCCGCCUUCAAGCACAGCAACAUUGACGACGAAAAGGCUACUCUGCUCGAGGAGGGCCAGCUGAGCAACACGGUCUACGACCAGGAGCACCACCAUAUUGACGGGCACGACAAUAUCACAAGAAAAAGUGUUUACGUUUACGGUUUUCCACCUUUUUUUGGAAAAUUUUUUUUUUGUGGCUACUCAGCACUACCAAUUUCGAUUUUUUUUUUCUCGCAGCCGCGCAGCGAUAUCCUUCGCCCUUUCGGGGCUCUGAAGUAGUAAAAUUGUCGGGACGCAGCUCGCGCGCAAGAUGCGAAGACUAUGAAGCGCCGCCGCAACAUUGCGCCCCUUCAAACUUUGAAAGACCUGCCCAAGCCCUGUCCGGGCUCCAGGGCAAUGAUGGCCGUAAGCAGGUGACCCAGGGCCCCAGGCAUUGGUGACGAGAUCCGCCCCCGAAGGCGUCGUAACCAUCGACACCGGAGAGGGACCUGCUUGGGUGAGGGGAAAUGGAUCAUAGCGCGCUGUCUAGAGAUGACGUUUACGGUUUUUUAGGGUAGUGGAGAAAUCCGAGGAAAAAAGCAUGAACUUGGCACCAUUUCGAGGCCAAAAAUUGCAAAUCCCAGAAAAACCGUAAACACCUUACCUAGACAGCACGCUAUGAUCCAUUUGCCUCCAAUAAAACUGGGGCAAGCACGGAAGCACACUUUUUGGACAGGGAAAUCGAGCAUAGCGUGCUGGCUAGAGAGGGCGUUUACGGUUUUUGGGGUCAAUUUCAUACAAAACAGCAGGUUUUCGGAGGGAUGGAUCGAUCAUACCGUCGUGAUUAGGUGACAUGUUUGCGGUUUUUUGGGUGCCGGCAAAUUUUGGGCUUUUUGGUGCCCAAAAUUUGCCAUUUUUGUACAUCCUCAAAAAUGCGACUUUUUCUCCAGUCAUGGAGAACAUUUGGCUAGAAGUUCCAAAAGGUCCGAGAUGGAAGUUAAGAAGGCCGCACAGCGAUAAAGUGGUGGCGAUGCCAUGCAGAUGCCAGCUCUUAGACUCACAAGUCCGUGUCACAGCCACUCCUCGGGGCUGGACCGUCCUGACCCGGGUCCAAGAGCCGACGUUGAGGGACGGGCACAGCAUCAGGUGGCUCCGGUGGGCGACAUUCCGCGUCGCCAUACCUUGUGCACUGGCUAGAUCCAACCCAGUGAGCUACUGCAGAGUCCCGCAAUAGCUAACAGAGUCAACGAGUCAGCUUGAAUGUCUAAAAAAUGCCCCCAAUGCACAGCCAAAAAAUUUUUAAUCCAAAAAACGACAAACCGUAAACGUAAACGCUUUUUCUUUCGAUAGACCAGGUCUACGACCAGGAACACCAUCAUGUUGACGGCCACGACAACGUCAUUGUCACGGCCAAAUCUUAACGCAGAGGCACCCGGCGCUAAAUGUAAUCGAAACGCAAUUCAAAUGAAAUUCAAAAGUUCAGCAAUUUCAGUUUUUUCGAGUAGGAGAGUCGUAGUGCUUCUAGGUUUGCAAGUAUAAUGAGUUGCAUCAGUAGCCCUAGCCCUUACUAGAUUCGCAAGCGAUUUUCGUGCUCUUUGCGAGCAUGCUUCUUUUCGAGUAUUCCAGUCACACCGCCGAGCUUUCGCAUUCCAGCUAGAUCGCUUAUUAGCGCCUCCGCAGCUUGUGUUUGACCAUCGGCAACAAGGCCGGCUUUCCUUCUCUGAUGGUCUUUUAGCUACGGUCUGCCCUUCCUCUUGCCUAUCUAGUCCUGCGCGCGCCCCUUUAUCGUAGUUCUUUACCCUCUCGGCAUUUGUACAGGAGGAUGAGCUGCGGCCUUUGCACAUCUUGAUACGGUAGCGAUAUUUGCACGCUGUUUCGCCACCGUGGGCGAGGAACAGGCGAUCUUGCAGUGAACAACCCCGCAGGGGAAAGGCCUCUUCUUUCCUCAUCUGAUAGAGAUAUGCAAUAUCUGGUCGGCUGUAUAUCGGCUUCUGACAUAGCGAUUCUUUUAUUGCCUCCUCCGUUUCUGUCGGGAAUGCAGCUCCUCUGUUCUUGUCCUCCAAACGGAAUCCAGGCAUACGACACAAACGCCCCGACCGGUUUUCGAUCGUUUCGGCUAAGUAUUUUUUUUUUCGGCAGUGUGCCGCGCCAUUACGCAGGGGACGGGGUAUGUCGCUUGAUGGGGCCGGGCCAUGCUUUAUGGUGGGCCCCGCUGUGUCCGUUCGUGGUGGCGCGCGCGCACCUUUUCUGGUUUUCCUGCUCUCUUGCCCUGCUUGCCCAUCCCGCCUGGGCAGCUGCACGUCGGUGUGUGGAGGGCGAUGUGCCCGACGAAGCUCUGCCGGGCGGAGUUCGUAUACUUCUUUUCAUUCAUUUCGAUUUGGUCUGGAACAUCAAUGCACCAAUCAAUGCCAGAUUGCCUCCGAAAGUUCAAAACUUCAAACUUUUGAAAUUCGUUCGAAUUGCGUGCAGAUAUGAAUUAGCGCACGCGUCCUUUGGAGUUAACGGUCUACGACCAGGAGCACCAUCAUGUUGACGGCCACGACAACGUCAUCGUCACGGCCAAAUCCGCAGCUCCUACCUCGGGCGAGGUGAGUGUGGUGACGCGCCGGGAGCGGCGGGAGAGGCACAAGAAGUGGUUCUCUGACAACAGUGCCAUUGUGCUGCUGUACACCAUGAUGCAACUUUCGUCCUUCGAGUUUCUCGUGGGGGGGUUUCUCACCUUCUUCGGGGUCCAGUUCGCGAACGAAAAAGCGCAUUUCAGCUUUUUCAACAACAUCCAUUCCGGCUACGACAUCCCAGCGGGUCUGCUCAUUCCCGUCGGGUUUAUCUCCUUGCUGCUGCUCCCAGCCAAGUACUACCUCAUGGUCUACAAGUUCGGGGCCACUUUUUGCUCCUUCCUUACCCUGCUGAUCGCCUACGGUCUGCAGCUCGUGUUUCUCGCCGUUUUGCACCCGCUGUGGCUGCUGUCCCCGUUGUUUUUCAUCGUCGCCCAGUGCCCCAGCCAGGACGUCGCGUUCUCGUUUUUGCUGACAAUCAUCGUCCUGACGCGGUACUGGAUGCUGUUCCUGACGAUCUACUCCAUGUGCAAGGUCACGGGAAACCACGUCCACUACGGCAAGAGCCUGUGGCGCAUCGUGCGCAGCGACGGCAAAAAGGUGGCGUCCGCGAUGGAAGGCAAGAAGGAGGAAGUAGAGACGGAACAGAUUGUGGAGUACUAAUUCGGACGCAUUGAGCAUGUUGAGGACAACUAAGGGGACCACUACGACGAUAAAGAUUUAAUUGUACACUUUCAUCUUUCUAAUUCUACUGACACUGAUACUAUUCUAUUGACAUCACAGCGAAGUUCUUCACAAUUGAGUUUGACAGUUUGAGAUUGACACGUCAAAAUGGAAGCAGCUUGAUGCCACCAGUUGGUUUCUUUACGGCAACAAAACCAAGCGAAUCGCAAGACCUCUAUGGCGAAUCGCAGGAUAGCCUCUAACGAGCCUGAAACGAUGAUUAUCAUUCUCGCUACAGUAUGCUACUAGGUCGGUAAACUACGCGAGAUGAUUUUUUAGAUAUCCCCUUCGGAAGAUUUUUUUUAACAGAAGUGACAUCUGACACAACUAAGAUCUUUCGGAAUAAACGAAGUCUUUAGUUCGAAGCUACACGACAUGUCAGUUCAUAGUUUUUUUCGGGACCACGAGCCAGUGGAGAAGAAAAAAUCCUAUGAUCGAAGGCUACUCCCACUGACUUGUUGGUGCAGUCGACAAAAUUCAUGAAAGUCAAGAAAAGGAAUACUGUUGCCCUACAACUACCACCUUGGUACACCGGCAACAUCAACAACAAAACGAGAACCGAAGGAACUCCAGACGGAAACAAGGCUGCUCGUUUUUAUAACCGUUUUUCUUCUUUAUCAACAAACACAAAGUCGACAACAAAUGAACUUGAUGAAGCCUUACUCUACUUCGAUUUUUCACCAGAUGGCAACAUACAAGUUCAGUUCCGUGGCGUUUGAGCGCGGCUGAGCAUCUUGGAUAGGAUAUUAUUUUAAGUACACAGCACAUUGGUAAAAAUGAUCCCCCGGAUCAUUGUGAUUUCUGUUGUUUAGCUGUCGCACGCGCCGCAUGGUGAUGUUGUUGAAAAAACCGCUCUAUUACCUUGAAAAUUGAAAGCAACGCCCCUUUUCGUACCGGCUUUGAUGGACAUCGGUCGAAGGCGCUUUCGUCUAGUUGAAAGCGCCUCCGAUACUGAGCUCUGUCACGACCGGUGCGAAAAUUUUAGACUGGGAUAGCAAGACAAAGAU